UUGGGCGCCUCGUCGUCAUGGCGGCCGUUCGGAAGCCGGUGCUGCUCGGGCUUCGCGAUACUGCGGUGCACUGCUGCCCCACGGGGCUGGGCGCCUGGACCACGAGCAAGCUGGGCGGCAUUCCGGACGCCCUGCCCGCCGUGGCAGCGCCGAGGCCAGUGUGUGAACUUUGCAGGCAGCCGCUUGUCCUGGUCGUGCAGGUGUACUGCCCGCUGGAAGGCUCCCCCUUUCAUCGGCUCCUGCACGUGUUCGCUUGCCCCCGCCCGGGGUGCGCUAGCGGCAGGGCGCGCAGUUGGAAGGUGUUCCGCUCCCAGUGCCUGCAAACGCGAGAGAAAGAGACGCAGGACGCUCAGAAACAGGAGAACGGCCUCACAGCUGAGGAUUGGUGUGAAGGUGCAGAUGACUGGGGAAGUGACGGGGAGGAGGCGCCUCCACCACAGUUUAUCUCAGAUUUUGGAAAUGAUUCCAGCCGUGCCAAAGACAGAGACUGGACUGCCCAGCUCCAAGACCUCCGCCUGCAGGAUACUGUCCCGGGUGCUGCUCUUCCUCUGCCUCCUGGGGAAGGGAUGGCCUUGCCUUCCGUGCUGCCACAGUUCCUGCCCUACUACAUCUGUGUUGUUGAUGAGGAUGACUACAGAGACUUUGUCAGUCUAGAUCAUGCUCAGAGCCUUCUGAGGGAGUAUCAACAGAGAGAGGGAAUUGACAUGGAACACUUGCUUUCCCAAAGUCUUUCUAGCGAUGGUGAUGAAAAAUAUGAGAAGACCAUAAUUAAAAGUGGAGAUAAGAUGUUUUACAAAUUCAUGAAGAGAAUUGCUGCUUGUCAAGAGCAGAUUUUGAGGUAUUCCUGGAGUGGAGAACCACUUUUCUUGACCUGCCCUACAUCAGAAGUCACUGAGCUCCCAGCCUGCAGUCACUGUGGAAUCCGAAGGAUAUUUGAGUUUCAGCUUAUGCCAGCGCUGGUCAGCAUGCUCAGAAGUGCUAAUUUAGGCUCUGGACGCGCAGGCUCAGCGGCCAUGGCUCACGGGCCCAGCCGCUCCGUGGCAUAUGGGAUCCUCCCGGACCGGGGCACGAACCCGUGUCCCCUGCAUCGGCAGACGAACGUUCAAUCACUGCGCCACCAGGGAAGCCCAUAUAAGUCUUUCUGUGGAAUUCGGAACCAUUCUAAUAUACACAUGUGAGAAGAGUUGCUGGCCUCAAAAUCAUCAGACUCCCGUGGAAGAAUUUUGUAUUAUCCAAGAGGACCCAGAUGAAUUAUUAUUUAAGUAGUGCAUUUCCUUUUGUGUUUUUUUGUUUGUUUUCAUUUUUGGCUGCGUUAGGUCUUUGUUGCUGCACGUGGGCUUUCUCUAGUUGCAGAGAGAGGGGGCUACUCUUCAUUACAGUGCGCGGGCUUCUCAUUGCGGUGGCUUCUCUUGUUGCGGAGUACAGGCUCUAGAGCACAGGCUCAGUAGUUGUGGCCCAUGGGCUUAGUUGCUCUGUGGCAUGUGGGAUCUUCCUGGACCAGGGCGUAUUCUUAACCUCUGUGCCACCUGGGAAACCCUUUCCUUUUGUUUAUAUAAAUUAAAGCAAAUUUUAAUGUUUAAAUUGUGUUUUUACCUCAUUUUGACUCACAAUUUAUUAGCUCUUGUUUCUUUUUGCUUUUUCGCACCCCUGAUGGGUCUGGAGCCAGGACUAGAACCUCCCAGCUGUGGGCUGGUUAACCCUUCCAGGGUCAGUGGCCUGUGUCCACAGUGGCAGCUCAGAAUGUGGCUCCUCUGUAGCCCAGAGGGCAGGUGAUCCUAUGUAAGCAGACCGGUGGGUUCUAGGAGGGAGAGCAGCUGGAGAGCCAUGAGCGCAGCCAGCCACGUACUACCCCUGCAGCCUUGGCACUUUUGCUGUCCCUGGGUGCUGACAGAGCAAACUACUGGAACUGCUCCAGCUGCUUGAGGCUCCUGCCCUGUGACAUGAGCUGUUUAUACUUGCCUGGUGUUCUCCCACCCCAGGCUCUCCGCCCUCACCUCCUGCCCCUAAAGCAUCACAGGAAGGGGGCCCUUUCUCUCUUCUGGACAUUGUCCUUCCAUCCAGCUGUCUACCUCUCCAAUCUCCCCUUUCUCCAUUCAGUUUUUAUGUUAUCAGCUGCUUCCAUUCUGCUACCCCUUGACAGCAGCAUGAAAACACCUCCACCAGCUGUGUACAGACCUGCUGUUUGCCUGCAUAGAUGAGGAAACUGGGUAUUAACAUAAACAAUUUGGUUGAUUUAUGUUAAUAAACAUAAACUUUGGUAAAUAACACAUUAGGCCCAUAUUAUCAUGAGAUGUGGUUCUCCUGGGCAGUGUGUGACUGGUGAGAACCCUACCUGAUGCUGCCCUGCCCUCUCCCCCUUUCCUGGGAGGGUGGGAGGCACCUGGGGGAAAGUGGCUGGCUGUGUAGAAGAAAGCGAAGGUGUUGGUCAGUGAUAUUUCAGGAUCACUGGGUUUGCAGGGCUGCGGCUGAGUGUGGACCUGCAGAGAGAGGUUUUGACUCCUCCUCUGUCAUGCUGGAGAAGUGACCACCGGUUCCCCUGUGGCACUUACGUUGUGGGUGGAGAAUCCCUCAGACUGUCAGACCACUCACUCCAACUGGAGCAGAAAACAUACUGCUCAUACUUGCAGGUAUAUCACUUUGGAUUUAUUUAAAUGGCCAGAGAGUACCCUCUUUUGAGGAGAGGAUGGGGUAGAAUUGUUGCUUUCAACUGUUGAUACAGACAUUUGCAGAUAUCUGGCUGACUUUUAGGUAGAGACAACUUGUGCUUCCAACCAAACAUUUCUCGAAUCUAGUUAUACAUGUUUGUAUGAGGUCUUACCAAAAUAGAGUACAGAUUAGCAGGGGCAUUUCCCAUGAUCCCAUAGAAAUAAUGUUUGUGACAUAUUGUCAAGGAAGCAAGAUAUGAGAAAACAAGACUAGUGCGAACCCACUUAAAUGUAAAACUCUUCAUAGUGCUGUGUAAAAGAUCUAGAUCUGGAAAUAUAAACGCCAGCAAGGCCCUGAGGAGUAGGAUUAGGUGUGCAAUUUUGUGAGUGGUGCUUUUCAAUUUUUACUUCCUGCACUGGCAUCCUAUUUGAAUUUGUUAAGGUGGGCAAGCAUUUUAUACUUUAUACACACUGUUAAAAGAUAAACUGAGGCAUAAGAAUUUAUUUGAGCAAAAAUCAAUUGGAACCAGGCAGCACCCAAUCUAGCAGAAAGGAAGGAGCUUCAAGGAGCUAAACAAAAUGACUUUUACAGGCAGAAAGGGACAGGAACAAGAAAGUUUUAUCAGCAAAAUAGGGGGUUGGUUAUUGCCAACUUACUUUCCUUUAGGGGACGGCAGGGGUCUUUCAGGUAGAUUACCUAACCAGUGCUGAUCCGGUGAUUCCUGAUUGAUGGUUUAAAAUUCCAUUUCUGGGAGAGCCGAAACUGUAAUUAAGUCUCAGUUUGGUGACAUGGGGCUUAGCAUAAGCGACUCCAUUCUGAGCUUGUAUCUUGUUUUUAACAACACACCAACCCACGAAGAAUAGCAAAGCCUCAGGGUUAGGUGUCCAGCCCAGGCAAAGGAAAGAGGAGGGAGGCAGGAAAGAAGCAAAGGAAGGUGGCUCUAUCCACUGUGUGUCUAGUGGGAGAAGGAAGGUCAGCAUUUUGUUGAAGACCUCUGUUAGCGUUAGCUGCCACAGGGGGCCUUUAUGAGAGCCAGUAGUAGGGAAGGAACAUCAGCAGCUUACUAUGCAAGGGUGCCUCCCACCCCAACCAUGGUUGGGUGCCCUGGCCCUUCCUUCGUCUCAUGGAUCAGGGCAACAGACUGAGUACUCCUCACAGAUCAGGCUUGGUGUGUGGUUCGUGAACCAAGCAACUGAUGAGGAAGACCACAGAAGUCAAAAGCAUUUUCCUCUGUUUUCCACUGUCAACCAACAAAACGAAGAAAGAAGAUAAGAAAAGAGUAUAUUUGGCGUCAUAAGAAUUGCAAUUUGGAAGACACAGAUUUGAUUAAAAGGGAAGGAGUGUUCCGGGGAAGAGAAAAAGUCAGGGGCUUAGAAAGGCAAAAGCCACGAGACUGUACUCUGACACAAGAAAAGAAAUACUCGUCCUUAGGGAUGGCGGUCACGAGUUGUUUUAGGUUAAGGAUCUGAUAAAUAGAUAGGCUGUCAUGAGUUAUAUUAGGGUAAGGGUAAGUAUCAAGUUUCUGGCAGAUGUUCUGGAUGCCUUCCUUAGGACAGUAAGUGGUCAAAACGUCAGAUUUCAUCCAGGCUGAGCCAUACAUAAAUUACUUUGUCAGUGGCCUUCCAGCUCCAUUUUGGAGAGCUCUCUUAGCAAUACUCUAUUUUGAUUUUCCUUUCACACCAUCUUUUCCUUUUUUCUUCUAAUAAUUUUUUCUGAUUUUAAAAUUCACAUUUUCUUUGAGGAGAAUGAGCAUCUGGGAAAUACAGUAAAGUUUAGAGGAGAAAUAAAAAUUAUCCAUAAUUUCAUCACACACAGAUACACAAAAAUAUUAACCAUGGUUAUUUUCUUCCUGUUUAAAAAAAGUUCUUUUUAACAAAAUUUAAUCAUAUGUGUGGUUUUGUAUCUUUGUGUUUUCUUUUUCUUUUUUUUUUUUUGCCUGCCGGGCUCUUCAUUGUGGCUCGUGGGCUCCAGAGUGCAUGUGCUCAGUAGUUGCAGGUGCUGGCUUAGUUUCCCUGUGGCAUGUGGGAUCUUAGUUCCCUGAUCAGUGAUGGAACUCGCAUCCCCUGCAUUUGCAGGCAGAUUCUUAACCACUGGACCACCAGGGAAGUCCUUGUAUCUUUUUCAUUCAAUAUUAUGAGCGUUUCCACCAUCAAUAUUUUCCCAGGACGUACUUUGUAACUGAAACUGAGUCCCUUGGAAAUCGAGUUCCUUUACUGAGUUUAUGAUAAAUCUCUCUCCAAAACUUUAUUCCCUUUCUUAUCCCCUCUGAUCUCAAUCCUGUGCUAACUGAACACUAAUCACCCAGAGUCAGAUGGCUAAAAUUGCUGUUGAUAACAUCGUUAAUGUACUAAGCUUGCUAUUAUAGAUGUCAUCAUUAAGGUAUAAACUCAUGUUGUUUCUCCAGAGGAAGAUGAGCUAACAGACUCCUGAACCAUGGACCACGUGGCCAGAAAACUGUAAACCAGAGACAGACAUCCUAACUCCCAAUUAAGAAAUGUCACAGAAAUGUCACAAGAUGAUGAUUAAUCCCAGCCUCUUUGUUCUUCCCCUUGUGGACUUAAAAAAUUAUUCACAACCUAAAAGUUGAGAGUUAUGUUUUAUUUGGCGGGAAUUUUUAGGUCUUCAAGCCCGGGAGGCAGCA